CAGGGCUAGGGUUCUUUUUCUGUUCCUUGAUAUAUAUUCCAAAGUCGUAUACAACAAACAGUAGACAAAGCGGUUAAUAUUUCGUUCGUUUUAAUUCCAGUGUUUGUGUUUCCAAGUGAGAAUCUUUUUUUCUGUUUGCAAAAUAGUAAACUGAAUUUUGGAGGCUUGUUGAAGUGAAGGAGUUGGUGAUAAUGGAAGCUUGUGCAAUGAUGAGUUCUGUUCAGCAGCCAGUGUGGGUUAAAGGGUCAGCUUUUCCUUCAACUAUGAGUCGGGUUAAAUUAUGCUCUGUAAAGCCUUGCAGAGCAUCCAGCUUGCUAGCUGGAAAUCCUACUUCCUCUGUUUCUCUAGGUGCUGGGAGCAGCUUUGAAGACCAUGGAUUGCGUGAAGCUGAUCCUGAUGUUCGUGCUAUUAUUGACAAAGAGAAGCAACGUCAAUUUAGGAGCUUAGAACUUAUUGCCUCUGAGAAUUUCACAUCUCGAGCAGUGAUGGAAGCAGUUGGUUCUUGCCUUACAAACAAAUAUUCUGAAGGGCUUCCAGGCAAAAGAUAUUAUGGUGGGAAUGAAUACAUCGAUGAGUUGGAAAUUCUCUGUCAAGAAAGAGCAUUGGCUGCCUUUGGUUUAGAUGGAAAGCAAUGGGGUGUGAACGUUCAACCAUUAUCUGGUUCUCCAGCAAAUUUCGCAGUUUACACAGCGUGUCUUAAUCCACAUGACCGGAUUAUGGGAUUGGACUUACCUCAUGGUGGCCACUUGUCCCAUGGAUUUAUGACUCCUAAAAGACGAGUUUCAGGCACCUCUAUUUACUUUGAAUCCAUGCCUUAUCGACUUGAUGAAUCUACAGGUAUUCUUGAUUAUGAAAUGCUCGAGAAAACCGCGAAUCUUUUUCGUCCAAAACUUAUUAUUGCUGGUGCUAGUGCAUAUCCGCGUGAUUUUGAUUAUCCUCGUCUGAGAAAGAUAGCAGAUGCUGUUGGAGCUUUCCUAAUGAUGGAUAUGGCUCAUAUCAGUGGGCUUGUUGCUGCCUCUGUACUUGCUAAUCCAUUUGAAUACUGUGACAUUGUUACUACUACUACUCACAAGUCUCUUAGAGGUCCUAGAGGUGGAAUGAUCUUCUUUAAAAAAGAUCCAGUUCUGGGAAUGGAUCUGGAAUCUGCCAUAAACAAUGCUGUUUUCCCUGGUUUACAGGGUGGUCCCCAUAAUCACACAAUUGGAGGACUAGCCGUUUGCUUGAAGCAUGCAAAAUCACCUGAAUUUAAGGCUUAUCAGAACCAGGUGGUCUCCAACUGUAGAGCUCUUGCAAGCCGAUUAAUAGAAUUAGGCUACAAGCUGGUCUCAGGAGGGAGUGACAAUCAUUUGGUUCUUGUGGAUUUGAGGCCCUUGGGAAUUGAUGGUGCUAGAGUGGAGAAAAUACUAGACAUGGCAUCAAUCACUCUGAAUAAGAAUUCAGUGCCUGGUGAUAAAAGUGCACUAGUACCGGGUGGCAUCCGCAUAGGUUCACCCGCCAUGACCACUAGAGGUUUUACAGAGAAGGAAUUUGUAGCAGUUGCAGAUUUCAUUAAUGAGGGUGUGCAAAUUACUCGUGAAGCCAAGAAGUCUGUCUCUAGUUCCAAACUCCAAGAUUUCAUGAAAGUUGUUACUGCACCGGAUUUUAGUUUGAAGGAUAAGGUGUUGGACUUGCAAAAAAGAGUCGAAGCUUUGACGACCCAAUACCCAUUGCCUGGUUUAUGAAAAUAGUAUUGGGAAGGCCAAAGUACCAGAAUUUUGCAAUGUGUUAUUUAGAAUGUUUUAGGAUGAUUCUUGCAUGGAUACCUCUACUAGGUUGCUCUCUGGAAAUCAUCUAUGUUUGUUCUCCUCCUGGAAAAUGUUGCUGAUUUAUCACCUAUGGGUUGAAUCUCAAAAUAGGAGUGGGUGUUGUAAAACAAUUGAAUUUCUUUCGAACUGUUUGAAAACUACAUGGUUAUUUUAGUUCA